CCCUGAGGAGGUAUCUACCUGUCACCACUAGCUGCUGAGACCACAGACACUACACCUGCCUCAGACAAUGGCUUCUCGACCUGAACUGGAAGACCAGAAAUCCACAGGAUCCACAGAGAAGCACAAAGAUGAUCAACUCAGUGGGAACUCAGAGACAGAAGAGAAGGCUGUUUCCAUGGCGUCGGCCCAUUCCACUGUGGGCCUGGUAGAGAGGGGGUGUGAGGAGGAGAAGGACCCGUGGGACUUACCAGAACUACAGGACGGGGCGGCAGCAUGGUCAGAACUGGACACCAAGGGGAAGGUGUUGAGGGUGGUGACGUCGACAGGGAAGGGACUUCUGCUGCUGGGAUUCCUGUACAUGUUCAUCUGUUCACUAGACAUCCUCAGCUCUGCCUUCCAACUGGUCGGAGGUAAGGCAGCAGGUGAUAUCUUCACGGAGGGCUCAGUGCUGUCUAACCCUCUGGCUGGUCUGGUCAUCGGAGUCCUGGUCACUCUGUUGGUCCAGAGCUCCUCUACCUCCUCCUCUAUAGUGGUCAGCAUGGUCUCCUCUGGACUGUUACAGGUCCAGAUGGCUGUUCCUGUCAUCAUGGGGACCAACAUCGGAACCUCCGUCACCAACACGCUCGUUGCCAUGACGCAGGCUGGCGACCGCAACAAGUUCCGCAGGGCCUUUGCUGGGGCUACAGUGCAUGAUUUCUUCAACUGGCUGUCUGUGCUGGUCUUGCUGCCUCUGGAGGUGGCAUCAGGGUACAUGUACAAGCUGACCAAGCUGCUGGUUGACUCCUUUAACAUCCAGAGUGGAGAGGAGGCUCCAGACCUCCUCCAUGUCAUCACCGACCCUCUCACAAAAGCAAUCAUCGAGUUGGACAAGUCAGUCAUCAGUGAUAUUGCCACAGGUGACCCGGCUGCCAGGAAUAAGAGUCUCAUCUUAAAAUGGUGCAAAACAUUCACCAACGUGACGCUGAGGAACGAGACGGUCCCUGGUCCAGAGAACUGCACCUCCCCAGCCCUCUGCUGGUGUUCCCCUGACCUCUGCUACACCCUCCGCAACAUCUCAGAGACCUACAACAUACAGAAAUGUAAUCACAUCUUUGUGAAUGUGGACCUGUCUGACCUAGUGGUAGGUCUGAUCCUGCUGGCUCUGUCUCUGCUGGUGCUGUGCUCCUGCCUCGUCCUCAUCGUCAAGCUGCUCAACUCCGUGCUCAAGGGACAGGUGGCCGUAGUCAUCAAGAAGGUCCUCAACACAGAUUUCCCGUUCCCCUUCGGCUGGGUGACUGGUUACAUCGCCAUCCUGGUCGGAGCUGGAAUGACCUUCAUCGUCCAGAGUAGUUCAGUCUUCACCUCUGCUAUCACUCCACUCGUUGGUAUUGGUGUGAUCAGCAUUGAGAGGGCGUACCCUCUGUCACUAGGGUCCAACAUCGGCACGACGACCACGGCUAUACUGGCAGCCAUGGCAGCGCCUGGAGACACACUGGCCAACGCUCUACAGAUCGCUCUGAUCCACUUCUUGUUCAACUUGUCUGGUAUCAUCUUGUGGUAUCCAAUCCCCUUCACCCGUAUCCCCAUCCGAUUGGCUAAGGCCCUGGGUAACAUCACGGCAGAGUAUCGCUGGUUCGCUGGCGUCUACAUCAUUUCCUGCUUCUUCCUCCUGCCCCUCUUAGUCUUCGGCCUAUCGUUGGCCGGCUGGAAGGUGCUGGUUGGUGUGGGUGUUCCCAUAGUGGCCUUGCUGAUCAUCAUCAUUAUAGUGAACGUGCUCCAGGCGCGGCGCCCCCGCUGUCUCCCCCUGGUACUGCGCUCCUGGGACUUCCUGCCUCUCUGGGCCCACUCCUUAGAACCCUGGGACCGUGUGGUCGCCGUGGCAGCCGCCAAGUGUUGCUGCUGCUGCAGGUGCUGCCAGACCGGACAGGGGGAGGAAGAGGAGGAGGAGGAGGAGAAAGGAGGAGGGUAUGUCCUGGAGAACGGUGAUGACUGGGAGAAGAAGAGGGAGGAAAAAGAUGAUGUCUUGAAAGCAACGCAGCUUUGAUGC